AUGGCUUUAGCCGGGCUGUGCGCCCUGAUCGCCUGCUGCUGGGCGCCGGCAGCGGUGCUGGCCACGGCCGCCGGCGACGUGGACGCGUCCAAGGAGCUGGAGUGCAAGCUCAAGAGCAUCACGGUGUCGGCGCUGCCCUUCCUGCGCGAGAACGACCUGAGCAUCAUGCACAGCCCCUCGGCCUCCGAGCCCAAGCUCCUCUUCUCGGUGCGCAACGACUUCCCGGGAGAAAUGGUCGUGGUGGACGACCUGGAAAACACGGAGCUGCCCUACUUCGUGCUGGAGAUCUCAGGGAACACAGAAGACAUCCCUCUCGUGCGCUGGAGGCAGCAGUGGCUGGAGAAUGGCACUUUGCUUUUUCACAUUCAUCACCAAGAUGGUGCCCCCAGCCUUCCUGGACAAGACCCAACUGAAGAACCCCAGCAUGAGUCAGCAGAAGAGGAACUGAGAAUCCUGCACAUCUCUGUCAUGGGUGGCAUGAUUGCUCUCCUGCUGUCCAUCUUGUGCCUGGUCAUGAUCCUGUACACUCGCCGGCGCUGGUGCAAGCGCCGCCGGGUCCCCCAGCCCCAGAAGAGUGCCAGUGCUGAGGCAGCCAAUGAGAUUCACUACAUUCCCUCUGUGCUGAUCGGCGGGCAUGGACGGGAGAGUUUGCGCAAUGCCCGCGUGCAAGGCCACAACUCCAGUGGCACCCUGAGCAUCCGGGAGACCCCCAUCCUGGACGGCUAUGAGUACGACAUCACGGACCUGCGCCACCACCUGCAGAGGGAGUGCAUGAAUGGAGGGGAGGACUUUGCCAGCCAGGUCACCCGCACCCUGGACUCCCUGCAGGGCUGCAACGAGAAGGCAGGGAUGGACCUCACCCCAGGAAGUGACAAUGCCAAGCUGUCAUUGAUGAACAAGUACAAGGAUAACAUCAUUGCCACCAGCCCCGUGGACUCUAACCACCAGCAGGCCACUCUGCUCUCGCACACCUCCAGCAGCCAGAGGAAGCGGAUCAACAACAAGGCAAGAGCUGGUUCCGCCUUCCUGAACCCUGAAGGCGAUUCUGGCACAGAGACAGAGAAUGACCCCCAGCUGACCUUCUACACCGACCCCUCGCGGAGCCGGAGGCGCAGCCGAGUGGGCUCUCCCCGAAGUCCUGUGAAUAAGACCACUUUGACGCUGAUCAGCAUCACCAGCUGUGUGAUUGGCCUCGUGUGCUCCUCCCACGUCAGCUGCCCUCUCGUUGUCAAAAUCACCCUGCACGUCCCUGAGCACCUGAUCGCUGAUGGGAGCCGCUUCAUCCUGCUGGAGGGGAGCCAGCUGGAUGCCAGUGACUGGCUGAACCCAGCUCAAGUGGUGCUCUUCUCUCAGCAGAACUCCAGUGGGCCCUGGGCCAUGGACCUCUGUGCCCGACGGCUCCUGGACCCCUGUGAACACCAAUGCGACCCCGAAACUGGGGAAUGCCUCUGCUAUGAAGGGUACAUGAAGGAUCCAGUGCACAAGCACCUUUGCAUUCGGAACGAAUGGGGCACAAACCAGGGGCCUUGGCCUUACACGAUAUUUCAGCGGGGCUUUGACCUGGUUUUGGGAGAACAGCCUUCUGAUAAAAUAUUCAGAUUCACCUACACCCUUGGGGAGGGCAUGUGGCUGCCCCUCAGCAAGAGCUUCGUGAUCCCACCAGCCGAACUGGCCAUUAACCCUUCAGCCAAGUGCAAGACGGACAUGACAGUGAUGGAGGACGCCGUGGAGGUCAGAGAGGAGUUGAUGACCUCGUCCUCCUUUGACAGCCUGGAGGUUCUGCUGGACUCCUUCGGGCCGGUGCGCGACUGCAGCAGGGACAACGGGGGCUGCAGCAAGAACUUCCGCUGCAUCUCAGACCGCAAGCUCGACUCCACUGGUUGCGUGUGCCCGUCGGGACUGAGCCCCAUGAAGGACAGCUCUGGCUGCUAUGACCGCCACAUUGGGGUGGACUGCUCAGAUGGCUUCAAUGGCGGCUGCGAGCAGCUGUGCCUCCAGCAGAUGGCACCCUUCCCGGAUGACCCAACCUUGUACAACAUCCUCAUGUUCUGCGGGUGCAUCGAGGAUUACAAGCUUGGUGUGGAUGGUCGUUCUUGCCAACUCAUCACGGAGACCUGCCCAGAGGGAGGAGACUGUGGGGAAAGCAGGGAGGUUCCCAUGAACCAGACCCUCUUUGGAGAGAUGUUCUUUGGUUACAACAACCAUUCCAAGGAAGUGGCUGCAGGACAAGUGUUGAAAGGAACAUUCAGGCAAAACAACUUUGCUCGAGGUUUAGAUCAGCAACUGCCAGAUGGUCUUGUGGUGGCCACUGUCCCCCUGGAGAAUCAGUGCCUGGAGGAAAUCUCGGAGCCCACCCCCGACCCUGAGUUCCUGACUGGGAUGGUGAACUUCAGUGAGGUGUCUGGAUACCCUGUGUUGCAGCACUGGAAGGUCCGGUCUGUGAUGUACCACAUCAAACUCAACCAAGUGGCCGUCUCUCAGGCCCUCAGCAACGCGCUCCACUCCCUGGACGGGGCUACGUCUCGCGGGGAUUUUGUGGCCUUGUUGGACCAGUUUGGCAACCAUUACAUCCAGGAAGCAAUCUAUGGCUUCGAGGAGUCCUGUUCCAUCUGGUACCCAAACAAGCAGGUCCAGCGGCGACUCUGGCUGGAAUAUGAAGACAUCAGCAAAGGCAACUCCCCAUCUGACGAGUCAGAGGAGCGGGAAAGAGACCCCAAGGUGCUGACAUUCCCAGAAUACAUCGCCAGCCUGUCGGAGUCUGGCACCAAGCGCAUGGCGGCUGGAGUCCGCAUGGAAUGCCAAAGCAAGGGACGAUGCCCCUCAUCCUGCCCCCUCUGUCAUGUGACAUCCAGCCCUGACACUCCUGCUGAGCCAGUUCUGCUGGAGGUGACCAGAGCAGCCCCCAUCUAUGAACUGGUGACCAAUAACCAGACCCAGAGGCUCUUACAGGAGGCCACCAUGAGCUCCCUCUGGUGCUCAGGGACCGGAGAUGUCAUCGAGGACUGGUGUCGAUGCGACUCCACCGCUUUUGGAGCUGAUGGACUCCCCACCUGUGCGCCCCUCCCGCAGCCGGUGCUGAGACUCUCCACGGUCCAUGAGCCCAGCAGCACUCUGGUAGUCCUGGAGUGGGAACACUCAGAGCCUCCAAUCGGGGUGCAGAUUGUAGAUUACCUCAUCCGCCAAGAAAAGGUCACUGACAGGAUGGACCACUCCAAAGUGGAGACAGAAACGGUGCUGAGUUUUGUGGACGACAUCAUCUCUGGAGCAAAGUCUCCUUGUGCCAUGCCCUCUCAGGUGCCAGACAAGCAGCUCACCACCAUCUCUCUGAUCAUCCGAUGUCUGGAACCGGACACCAUCUACAUGUUCACGCUGUGGGGAGUCGACAACACCGGACGGCGCUCCAGGCCCAGUGAUGUCAUCGUGAAGACCCCUUGCCCCGUGGUGGAUGAUGUCAAAGCCCAAGAAAUAGCAGACAAGAUCUACAAUCUCUUCAAUGGCUAUACCAGUGGGAAGGAGCAACAGACAGCCUAUAACACUCUCCUGGAUCUGGGUUCCCCCACCCUGCAUCGAGUCCUCUACCAUUAUAACCAGCACUAUGAGAGUUUUGGAGAAUUCACCUGGCGGUGUGAGGAUGAAUUAGGUCCCAGGAAAGCUGGCCUCAUCCUUUCCCAGUUGGGGGAUCUCAGCAGUUGGUGCAAUGGCCUCCUCCAGGAACCCAAGAUAAGCUUGCGACGUGGCUCCCUUAAGUACCUGGGCUGCCGCUACAGCGAGAUCAAGCCCUACGGACUGGACUGGUCAGAGCUCAGCCGAGACCUCAGGAAGACAUGCGAGGAGCAGACCCUGAGCGUCCCUUACAACGACUAUGGGGACAGCAAAGAUAUCUAGCGCCAUGAUGCCAGACGGUGGCUGCCAAAAGGAAGCAGGAAGAGAGGAGAGGAACAUCUGGGUUGGUCUGUGGAUUUUUAAUAUUUUUUAAUGGAACAUUAAAACCUCUAAACCAGGGAGAGACAAUACCUAAACCAGGGAGAAAUUGACCCUCGUUCCCUGUAAAACUUCUUUGGUAUGACAUUCUCCAUCUGCAUGAUCAGUAGACCUGCCAACCAGCAGCCUCAUGCAGUGCCAUUUCUCUUUAGGGGAUUAUUUGGGGGCUUGUUUGACAGUUGAUUUGCUUCAUUUUUUUUCUCCCCAGGAGGUUCAUCACAAUGCUCAAGAGUUCUCUCAUGCUUCCCAUGAAAGGUCUAUCAGGUUGAGGCAUCCGGGGCUCAACUGAGUCCCUUACAACUGGGGACAGAAAUGAGAUCAGAAAGCCACCAGACUGGCCUCAGGCCCCAGCCUCAAGCAUUCCUCAGGAAGCAUCUCACUCUGAGAGCCUAAGCUCUGCUCACAGAGAAAGAUGACCACGGGAAGAUUGGGAGGGUGACCUCUGUUAGGCCUCAUGGCUCCCCCCCAGGCCUUUCUGUUGCUCGAUUCACACCUCACAGAUGAACCGAGCCUCCGAUAUGGGUCCCAGCUGGCCUUUGGGAUUUUUAGGUCCUCACCCAUUUUAAGACAGGAUUGGGAUGAAAUCUCCCUCUGGCAGAUCUCUGCCUCUCCUCCAAACAGUAUGAUAUCUUUAGGAGGCAACAAAACUCUACCUGUCAAAUGCGCCUUCAAAACAGUCUACUGGGAAGCUAGGGAGUUAGCAGUCACAUUCUAGAAAAGAAGUAGAGUUGAUUGUUCUAAAAACUCCCGUGCCUCAAGAUGAUGUUCUCCAGACCACCAGUGUACAUGGCAUUCCUGGAUUCUCUUUAGUGCCCGCAUGACUCAGCCUGGACAGUGAAGUCUUGGCCGAUGCCUCCUCUGGUCCAGGAGGAGCUGAUAUGAGACCUCCGUGUCAGUGUUUUAGUGAACUAAAGCUAUUACUGAUCACAAAACACUAGUGUCCAUUUCUCCCUUGCUAAAUUUGCUUAAUUAUGUUGCUAAUUUUGCACAUCCUUUCUCUGGAUGGCCAUCCACAGGAGAAUGCCUCUGUUUUCACCUCCCGUCUAGCUGCCAGAAGUAGCAGAGGUUCUGUGUGGGCAAGCCCCCUGACCACAAGUAGGGUCUGGGCCCUUGCUUCCGCCCACCAUCCCAGUGUCAUUGCCGUGGCUGUAAGUGGCGGCCCAGCUGAUAGGAAGCCCAGCCUUUCCACAAGAGCUCUGAGGGCCAUGUCGCCCAGCAACGGCCUUAGCUGUCCUCACACACCUCAGAGGACUGAACACACACUCUCAGCCACCCUGCCUUUGACCAGGGCUCCUCGUUUGGCAGCACAAGAGAAAGGUCAGAAAAGAGAGGCAGGAUCUAUAUUGAACUAUAUUGAUUAUGUUCUAAACAGUCAUGACAGAUCACAUGUACCAGACGCUACUCUGAGCACUUCACAGGUCACCCAUGACAGUCCUCACAACAGCACCCCUGCACCCCCACCACCAAGGAAGUGCUAUUCUUGGCUCCAUUUCAGUGAUGGGGAACCUGAGGCAAGGAGCGGUCACACACUUGCCCAAAUGCCUCCUCUACCCCCAUCUGGGCCUCAAUACAAAUUCAGGCUGUCGGACUCUGGAGUUACCUGCCUCGAGCCUAUGCCAGUGUGCCUGUAGCAUGCCGCUGUCCCAUCUCUGAGCUCCACAGGGACCUGGCUAGGCAGCUGUCCCUAUGCCAGGCCCGCCUGGGACAGAGGUGCCCACAGUACAUCCCUACCCCUGCAGCUAGAGCACCCUUUGGGACUGCCAGGUCUGAUGGGUGAGCAGCCCCCCCAGGGGCCAGGGAGCAGAGCCUGGGGAAGACUGCAAGUCCAGGUCGCCUGGCUCCCCUCCCUGCUCCUUUCCAUAGACAGCCUGGAAGAUUCAUCUGGCAUUCUGGAAUGAACCUGCCUCCGAAAUGCCUCCACUUCCAGAGCGAAAGCCCACAGAGACCUCGGCCUUCCCACCGCGGUGAGUGCAGGGCCUCGGGUAAAAGGCCUAAAGGGACAUCCCUGACCGGCAGCGGAGAGGCCCCGCCACAGGCAGCAGGAGCCCGGGCAGCGGGCCAGGCCGAGGGAAGCACGGUCUAUGCUGCUGCUGUCUUGGCCCCGCCGCCCCCGUUUUCAGAUCUGCCCAGAACACCUGCUCCACAGUGCACAGUGGGAGGCUGCGCUGCCUUCCUGCCCCCUCCUGCAGAGUGAGGACAGAGAGUGGUGUCAGGGUCACCCUUCUUCAUCCCCUCCUUCCCUUUUAUUAACAUAAAGGAGGCUCAUUCUCUCCCAGUCUCCUCUCUGUCCCCCAAGCCCCUCCAGCUUUUCAUCCAUUUUAUCUUUUUCUUCUCCGGGCCCACCCUUCCUCCUUCAUCCCUUCCUUCUCCAUGACUCUCUUCCUCCCUCCCUGUCCCCUAUGUCCCCUCAUGGCACAUGUGCUUGCAUGCACACCUCCACACAUGCACACACAGUACACACACACAAUGAAUACUUUGCACACACCUGCAUUAUACACAACACACACAUUAUACACAUACAUACAUAUACACACUAUACACGUACACACACAACAUACACAUACAUAUACAUUGCACACACAUAUCCACAUUCACUAUACACACAGCACACCUGCACUGUACACCUACAUCACACACACGUUCUAUACACACACUGUACACGCUAUACACACAUGCAUUAUAUACACACUACAUACGCAUACACUAUAACACGGUACAUACAUACAUUACACGUACAUGCACUAUCCACAUAUAUAACACACAUACUAUACACACAGCCUCUGUGGCUGGGUCCCGUGGACUUUCAGGUUAAAAGUAAGGCCAAUAUGAGUGAGGCAAGAGUCAGUGUUUUAAGUUCCUCUGAGGAUUUAACUGCAGGAUUUGGCCCUGGGAAGACACCAUCGGUCGCAUCCUGAUGACAGUUCCCAGAGCUUGCCUGGAGGGACCUAUCCUGACUAAAAAAGGUGACGUACUAGACCAGUAUUAAACCUCAAACUUCCAAGCUGCCAAACAGGUCUUAGGGAGUCACUUAUACCCACCACACGCACCCAGCUCUGGGCUCCCCACAAGACCACGGUGUUUCCUCUUGAACAUAUGUGACCUCCCGGAAUAGCAUUAGACCUUUAACUGAGUAUGUGACUAUUUUCCACAGUUUGGUCCAUUUGUUAUUUUUAGUUAAGCACACUUCUUGAUACUCAAAUGUUCUAUUAAAAAAAAAACUGAGCGUGAAGAAACCCCACUUUCUGACUAUAGAAGGAAGAACAGAUAUAAUGUGACCAACUUCAGGUGUAACAGUAUUGUUUCAAAGAGAAUUAUUCUACAAGUAUAAAAACAAAAACAUGGAAUAAUCAACUAAAUAAUAAACAAAGCUGUUAGUAA